GGAGCACUUAUAAUGUCAGGCCCAGGUCAAGCUGCUGCCUCUACCAGUGCCAUACUGCAAGAUCUGCAAGAUUUAACAUCACUAUCAUGGGACACAACCGUGUCUCACGAUUCUCUGGUCACCCCUUCCUCAUUUGAUAUCUCUGGUAAUGUCAUCCCAUCUUCACUUGAUUUCUCUCCCUCCUCACGUGACGUCACACCAUUAUCACGUGACGUCACACCAUUAUCACGUGACGUCACACCAUUAUCACGUGACGUCGCACCAUUAUCACAUGACGUCACACCCUCUUCAAGUGUCCAGACUACUUCUUCGGUCAAUGGCAAGAUUAGAAAUGACUUUUUUAAGCCAGGACUACCCUCUCAUUCCAGCACUCCAUCUAGUACACUACUUUCUAAACGAAAGAUGAGUCGGAAUGUCUCCUAUAAAGUUCCCAAACUGUUCUUCGUUUCUCAGACAGAUUCUGGUUCGCAGAUUGAGAAUCAUAGAAAGAUGAAUUGUAAGCGAGAUGUUGCUUCAUCUAACCAAUCUGAGAAAGUAGCUAAACCUGUCGAUGGAAAUUGCACAAGGAAUGUCAAUAAAUCUGUCAGUCCACUGAAAGAUGUUUUGAAGAAAAAUUUGUUGUCGAGUUUUUCUAUAAAUGGUAGCUCAGGCAGCAGACGUUCUAGAUACUUCUUUAUGGAUGAGGAGGAUGAAGAUGUUUGGGAUCCAACUCCAAGUUUAUCAUUCCUAAAAUCGUCAUCAAAUCCGGUGACGUCGUCACCAAGUCUUGAGACGUCAUCAUCAAGUCUUUUGACGUCAUCACCAAGUCUUUUGACGUCAUCACCAGGACAUAUUGUGACGUCACCACCAAGUCACGUGACGUCAUCACCAAGUCACGUGACGUCACCACCAAGUCACGUGAUGUCAUCACCAAGUCACUUAGGUUCAUCAAGUCCUAAGAAAACAACUGUAAUUGUCGGUGUAAUGGACAGUAAGCCUAGAGAAAGUUUGAGGAGAAGUUCGCUUGGAAAUGCCAGCUCGAGCCGUAGAAAGUCUCGUUGUUUCUUUAUAGAAGAGGAAGAUGAUUUGUGGGACCCGACACCCAGCUUAUCAUUCUUAAACGAGUUUGCCUCGGUGUCACCAAGUCAUGUGACUCCAUCAACAAAUGGUAAAAGUCCAUCAGACAACUGUUAUAGGCCUUCAAAAACUCUCUCAGAUUCAAAACCGAAAAAGUUAUUUUUCUGUGAUCCCAGUGAUAUUAGUCGACCUUCAUCUGACAUAAAAUCAGAGAAAGAACUAAGGACAGAGAUUUUAAAUUCCAGUUUUACCUCAAGUGUAAGCUCCUGUAAUACAGUCUUGACAUCUGAGAGAAAAACAGAAGAGUGUGGCACCUCAGUUCAAUCUAUAGAGGAAGAAGUAGAUAAACUGGACCAUAUACCAGGUCCUCUGAUUGGUUUAGAUCCCCAGUUCUGGUUACCUGUUAGAGUUAGGAUCAGAACGCUGUACUCUCUGAUAAAGGCGUCCCCCCUGGUUCCUGGACUUUGGGUUAUAUCCAACCAUCCCAUACAUAGGGUCCAGAUAACAGGACUAGUUACUGGAAUUGACAUUAAAGAGAAAUACACGAAGUACAAGAUAGAAGAUACAUCGGGCGCGGUACAGUGUGUACAGUGGGGCACUGAUAACAGCACCUCAGGAUACUGUCUGGGUGAUUUGGUGUGUGUUACAGCUAAAAUAACGGAGUUUAGAGGAAAUGUUGAGCUGAAAAUCAUGGAGAUUUUCCAGAUGGAAGAUAUGAACCAACUUACACUGCACCUCGCCCUGUCCGACAAAGCCAUGGAAAUACUCCAGAAACCUUUCGUUUUGCCGGACAUAUCGGUUCAGUGUUCGGAAUUUGCGCAGAAGAUACGAGAUGCUGUUAUGGAGAAUGUUUUACAAAAAGGGCCAUGCAGCAAAAUAGCCCAAUACAAAGAAAUCCAGAAUGUAAGGAUAUGGGUGCAGUGUUUGACAGCCCUGACGGGUCACGAUGAGGAUUAUCUUCUUUUAGAACUUCAUAGAGAAUUCUCCGAUUCGAAUAAAGGCCCGAGUAAGAUACAGGAAGUCCGGAAAAACGCCCUCAAUUUAAUAAGUAAAUGUUUGAAGACUAACAAGCAGGUUGACACAAGACGGUUGAAAAAGGACUACCCAACAUACUCCACACACUUGGACGCCGUCAUUUCCCAGUUACUGAUGUCCGGUGAUGUUUACGAAACUGAGAUCGGUGUUUAUACCUCUUUGUAGUGGACUUUAUCGUGUUUCAGGACAGCAAGAACUAUUGUUUACAAUGUUUCAUUGUCGAAGGUUUUUAAUUAAUUAGGGAUAUCAGACGAAUUUACGCUUUUUUAGCAGUUGCUUUUAUUAUUCGUACUACGAAUUUAGAAAAAACCUGUUUUAUCGAAUGUUGACUUUGGAUAAGUUUUGGUGCGAUUUUCUGUCAGAUUUCAAUGUACAGUAUGAUACUUAUUUGUAACAACAGUUCAAAACACUGAA